UGCUAUUUCAAUGCUUAAGCAAGAAUAUAAGGAGAACGAGACAAAUCUUAACGAUGCUUUGAAACUGGCUGUGAAAGUUCUCAGCAAAACACUGGACACCAAUAAACUAACUUCUGAAAGGGUUGAGAUGGCUACUUUGACACGAGUUGAAGGUCGUACAGUGAUCACUGUUCUAACUGCUGCUGCAGUUGAUAAACUCUGCGCUGAAUAUGAACAAGAAAAAGUUAAAUUGGAGGCGGAGAGAAAAGAAAAAGAAAAGAUGACGCCAUCCAAGUCAAGAAAGUGAAAAUGGGAACUUUAAAAGUUAUAUGCUGUGCUAGAAACUGUUGUGAACAAUAAUUCGUGAAUUGAAAACGUUAAAGUGAUACGACGCACAGUUAUUCAGUGCGCUGCUAGAUAAAGUUCCACUUUGGUUACUUCUCUGAUUGUUGUUCUUGUGCUGAAGUAGAAUUUGCAAUGAAAGUAAAUAGGAU